AUGGCCUGGAGAUACCUCGUGUCACCUCAACUAUCCAGACGGCCUCACUACAGUCGUCACCUGUUUACAUGUCCUCUCUGGCCCGUGCGGAAUAACUCCCAUUCCACUCAUCCUCUCCUUGAUCCAACCGAAAGGCUCGAGGAAGAAACCCUGCCGUGGUACUCACCCGAGAGAUACUACCCUGUGAGAGUUGGUGAGGUACUCCAGUCGCGGUAUCAAAUCGUUGGAAAACUGGGCUACGGGGGAUACUCCACCAUUUGGUUGUGCAGGGAUCUAUUCCCGGGUAGUCAGCGCAGCAAAUAUGUCACGCUGAAAGUCUUCGAGUGCAGUUCGCCAGAAGCACAAAGAGAGAUGUCAGCUUACAAUCAUCUGAAUUCACUUGAUGUACCAGAUCAUGCUGGUGCCAAGCUUAUUCGGAAAGCAUUGGAUAGCUUUCAGAUCACUUCCGACAAGGGCACGUUCCGAUGUCUCGUCCAUCCACCCCUUGGAAUGAGUAUGCAUGAUUUUCGCACUCAACUCAGGGCCAAAGUACUUCCCGAGAAUAUAGUCAAGUUGACUUUAAUGCAUCUUCUUCUUGCUCUGGAUUAUCUCCAUAUGGAGGCCGGAAUUGUCCAUACAGAUAUACAAGAAAAAAAUAUCAUGAUGGGAAUUGAAGAUUCUUCUAUUUUAUCUCAUUUCGAAGAAGAAGAGAAAUCCAAUCCCAGCCCGCGCAAAGUUGCUGGAGAUCGGGAGAUCUACACAUCGCGGAAACUCAGAAAAACCAAGCAGCAUGGUCGUCCAACGCUAUGCGAUUUUGGCCAGGCUCGCUUUGGAUCGAGCUCCUACUCUGGGGAUAUUCAGCCAUAUAUCUACCGGGCACCUGAGAAUGAGAAGGUGGAUAUCUGGAAUGUUGGAGUAUUGACUUGGGAUAUCUUCCAACAAGGACAUCUAUUCUACGGCCGAGAUUCUAACGAAAGCCCUUCUGAUGCUGAUCAUCUCGCUGAAAUGGUUGCUAUUAUGGGACUACCACCGAAAGAAAUGGUGCAGAAUAGCGAAUAUGCAACCACGUGCUUCGACGACGAGGGAAAUUGGAAGGGAGCUGCUGAUAUCCCUCCUAUAUCUCUACAGAAGCUUGAAGGAUUUCUACAAGGUGAAUCACAGCAACUCUUUCUCCGGUUCCUUCGAAAAACCCUCAAAUGGAAUCCCAUUGAGCGGCAAUCAGCAAGAGAACUCUUGGAAGAUCCGUGGCUACGGUCAUCAUAA